AUGGCUCAGGGGAUAAGGAGACUGACUGGCACUCCUGAGGUUGUGGGUUCAAGCCUCACCUUACCCAGGUCAAGCUGAAUUUUAAAGUCUGGUGUCUACAAAGGACAGUCAAAUAGGAGAAAACCGGAUUUCUCCUGUGUGUCCUCGUGGCUCAGAGGUUAAGGUGACUGACUGGCACUCCGGAGGUUGUGGGUUCAAACCUUACCCCCGACAAAUUUUGAAGUCCACCAGCCAAAGUACCAACAUAAAAGGGCGCAACGCUCAUCCCCAAGUGCGGACGGUAUCCGGUGGCGCUGGGGGUAUGCAACUGACACCCAAAUACCAAAUGCUGGUCAGGCGGGCAGCCCUAGUUCGAUACCCACUCGACACGCAGGAGAUCCUGAAGCAAAUCCUGGGGAACCAGGCCCGGGGGGAGGUUUCCCCCCGGUGUUUCCAGAGAGGUAAAAUGGGGGGGUUAUCAGCCAGGAAGUCAGAGGUGGCUGAAAUUUUGAAGAAAGAUGACAGAAAACUAGAAAAGUUUAGUGACUAA